GUCCGAGUUGUCAUAGAGGCGGAGAGGAGGCUAGACGGACUGCCGCGGGGGUCCCACUUCCGGCCAUCUCCCUGGGCGACGCGCGUUGUGCCGUCAGAAGUGGGCAGCGGCCGGCAGGUGUCCGGUGGCCGGGAUCGCGGCGGCGGCCCCGCGGGCGGGAUGUUCCGCGGUUUGAGCAGUUGGCUCGGCUUGCAGCAGCCGGUGGUGGACGGCCGCCCGGUCGAAGGAGACGGGCAGCCAGAGGGAGAAGCCCCGCCGGAGCCGCGCCCCGAGGCUGUGGCGGGGUCGGCUGAGAGCGAGCUCCUUCACCAGGCCAAAGACCUGGGCGGUUAUCUAUUUAACUUUGCGACUGCUGCUACAAAAAAGAUAACUGAAUCAGUUGCUGAAACAGCACAAUCGAUAAAGAAAUCAGUAGAAGAAGGAAAAAUAGAUGACAUCAUCGAUAAGACCAUUAUAGGAGAUUUUCAGAAGGAACAGAAAAAAUUUGUUGAGGAGCAGCAUACCAAAAAAUCAGAAGCAGCAGUGCCCCCAUGGGUUGAUAGUAAUGAUGAAGAAACAAUUCAACAACAGAUUUUGGCCUUAUCAGCUGACAAGAGGAACUUCCUUCGUGACCCUCCAAUUGGCGUGCAGUUUCAUUUUGACUUUGAUCAGAUGUACCCUGUUGCCCUGGUCAUGCUCCAAGAGGAUGAACUGCUGAGCAGGAUGAGAUUCGCCCUUGUUCCUAAACUCGUGAAGGAAGAAGUGUUUUGGAGGAACUACUUUUACCGUGUGUCCCUGAUUAAGCAGUCAGCCCAGCUCACUGCUCUGGCCGCCCAGCAGCAGGCUGCCGAAAAAGAGAAGAGCCAUGGCAGAGAUGAUGCGUUGCCACUGACAGAGGCAGUACGGCCCAAAACGCCACCUGUCGUAAUCAAAUCUCAGCUUAAAACUCAAGAGGAUGAAGAGGAGAUCUCUACCAGCCCAGGCGUUUCUGAGUUUGUCAGUGACGCCUUCGAUGCCUGUAACUUAGAUCAGGAGGAUCUGAGGAAGGAAAUGGAGCAACUGGUGCUUGACAAAAAGCAGGAGGAGACAACCGUAUUAGAAGAUGAUUCUACAGAUUGGGAAAAAGAACUACAGCAGGAACUUCAAGAAUAUGAAGUGGUGACAGAAUCAGAGAAACGAGAUGAAAACUGGGAUAAGGAAAUAGAGAAAUUGCUGCAGGAAGAAAAUUAACUGUUUACUUAAAUAAGAAUCCUUAACAUUCUGUAACUGACAUUAAAUUCUAGCUGGUAACCCUCGUUGAAUCAAAAGGCACAAAGAGUAUAACUUUAUGAAACUCAAAAUUAUUCUUUUUUCACAUUGAAACUUGCCUCUUUAAAAAAUAUAUAGAACAGUUAUUCUAAUCAUUAAAAAGGGAUGCUUUAUGUAAUAUUCCUUUAAUAUAAAUCUAGUUAGAGAUGAUGUUCUUAUGGUCAAUAUUGAUAUCUUAGCCACAGAAACACAAGUAAAAUUUUAGAAUUCUGUUUCUGUGAGAUCACAAAUCUUCAAUUGUCGUUUUCUAAACAUUUGUACUUCUUGUUGCACUUUUGUUGAUACACUUAUGUUAACGUAUUUAAUGGAUUGAUAACUAUCAAAAUUACCAAAUAGUACCAAAGACUUAAGAGGAAGCACUUUUGGAACUGUUUUCUUGGUAAGUAUUUUCUACAAUUCCAUCUGGAGGCCAAAAGAUAAAAUAAUCCUGUUGAUUUUAAAGGUAUAAACAUCACGAGAUUUGCCCUG